GGGCGGGCCUGAGCGUGUGUACUUCAGGAGCAUGAAAGGCAGUCCGGCAGGCCGACAAACGAGUUCACUGGCCGAACAAACGCUAAACCCAUGAGUUCUGUGAGCGGCCGACGUCACACUGCUGCGAAAAAUAGCAAUGGAAAUGAAGCGGUGCAGGGAUUUGUCCAGAAGGUGUAUUCCUCCGAUGGACGCCUUCAUGAUUCCCUGGAGGAAGAAAUGAUUGCCUUCCUCACUGACGAUGAAGCCCAACUGCACACAUAUGAUGAUCUCACCAAAGUCAACCCAGUGACACCAACAACAGUUCUGCUAUGCCUGCAGGCCAGAUAUGGAAUGAAGGUGUUUUACACCCACGCUGGCUGCACCUUAGUGGCUCUUAACCCCUUCCGGUCUGUUCCUGACCUUUACUCCCUGGAUACGAUGACAGGCUAUCACUGUACUCCCAAGCUGAAGGAGUCCAAGCCACAUAUCUUUAUCGUGGCAGAGGAAGCUUACAGAAAUGUUAAGGGUCAGUUGGCGCCUGUGGACCAGUCCUUGGUGGUCAGUGGGGAGAGCGGUGCUGGGAAGACAUGGACUUCUCGCUGCCUGAUGAAAUACUACGCCACAGUUGCAACCUCCUCCUCCCUGUUGGAGAGUCAGGACACUGUAGAGAAGAUAGAGAGGAGAGUUCUGGACUCCAACCCCAUCAUGGAAGCUUUUGGCAAUGCGUGCACACUCCGCAACAACAACAGCAGUCGCUUUGGAAAGUACAUCCAGCUCCAGCUUGACAGGUGUCAGCUGCUAGUCGGGGCAUCUGUGCAAACAUAUUUACUGGAGAAGACCAGAGUGGCCUGCCAACCUGCUAAUGAAAGGAACUUCCACAUCUUUUACCAGAUGAUGAAAGAGGGCACUGACGCGCAGAGAAAGGAGUGGAAUAUACCACAUGGACACCGCUUUGUGUGGCUGCCAAAUGUUGAAAAGAGCAUAGAAGAGGAUUCUUUCCACGAGACUGUUGACGCUAUGGUCCACAUGGGUAUUAACACCGAGAGGCAGAGACAGAUAUUCAGGAUAUUAGCGGGUCUUCUACAUCUGGGGAAUAUGAAAUUCUUCCUUUCAGCAGAUGAAUCACAGCCAUGCACCAUAAAGGAACAGUCCAAAGAGUGCUUGCAGAGAGCUGCUGAACUAUUGCAAUUGGCUGCAGAUGAGCUUGAGAUGUGUCUAAGUGUGAGGACUCUCAAAGCAGGCAAACAUAGCAUACACAAGCCUUGUUCCCAGGCGGAGUGUUGCGUGAGGAGAGACUGCCUGGCCAAAGUCAUCUAUGCCCAAUUAUUUGAAUGGCUUGUGACAUUUAUCAACAACAGCAUUUGUGCUGACAAAUCCACUUGGUGCAACUUCAUAGGUGUUCUAGAUGUUUAUGGCUUUGAAUGUUUCCAAACCAACAAUUUGGAGCAACUGUGUAUCAACUAUGCCAAUGAAAAACUGCAGCAGCACUUUGUGGCUCAUUAUCUUCGAGCUCAGCAGGAGGAAUAUGUGUCAGAGGGAUUGCAGUGGUCCUUCGUCAAAUAUCAAGACAACCAGUGCUGUUUGGACCUUCUCGAAGGAAGCCCUAUCAGUGUGUUUUCUCUUCUCGAUGAGGAGAGCCGCCUUAAUCGAGCCUCUGACGCCAAGGUACUCAGGAUUCGUUUGGAGAAAGAGCUAAGUGAUAACGGCAGCAUCAGCUGGGAUAAAUUCAGCAAGGUGCCACACUUUACUGUGGCCCAUUAUGCUGGCAAAGUCAACUACAAGAUACAAAGCAUGGUGGAAAAAAACAAGGACCCAGUGGCACCUGAGAUCAUCAGUAUACUUCAGAAGUCUGGCAAUUGCCUGCUUCAGCAUAUUUUUAUAGAAAAAGAGAGCGAGCAUUCACCAAACAGAGCCCUCAGUAAAGUCACUGUAGUCUCCAAGUUCAAGAACUCCCUGGAGCGCCUCAUGAGCAUCCUGCACACCACCACUCCUCAUUACACGCGCUGCAUUAAACCCAACUCCGACUGUAAGCCGUUCAUCUUCAAAAAAGAGGAGGUGAUCAUACAGUUGGAGGCUUGUGGGAUAGUGGAGACCAUUCAUAUAAGUGCUGCUGGCUUCCCUAUUAGAAUUCCCUUCAAGUGCUUCAUUCAACGCUACGGAGCCAUUUUGCAAUGCUCAAACAUCAAGUCACAAACUCCUAAUCUUGCCCAGGUUGGAAGCGACAUCGACUUUCUUCUGCAGGAGGUGCAGAAGGUCCUUGACCUGGUGUUUCAACACUCAGCACACAAUGUUAAAGGGGAACACAAAUCUUUGGUGCACUGUGGAAGAACUAAAGUGUUUCUCACACAGUUAAUGCUAGAUUUAUUGGAAGAUAAGAGGAAGACGAUCCUCUCAAAGUGUGCCUUCUCCAUUCAGUGCUGCUGGAUGCGUUACCAGCGCCGCAGACGCCAUGAGCGACAUCAUUCUGCUACUCUGAUCCAAGCAGUGGUGAGGUCUUGGCUUGUAAGGAGGAGGGUCCAGAGAUGGGAUAGAGCAGCCGCAUCUAUUCAGAAAUCCUGGAGGAAGUGGAAGGCACUCCUGAAGUGUUUAGCUGAGGCCGAGCUGGAUAAUGCAGAGGACUUCAUGUCAGAAGAUACCCCUGUGAUUAGGGAACAGGGCUCAGUGCAGCUCUCAACCAUCCAGGAACCCGUUAUGGUCCAGGGCUGGCCCAUGGGGCUGGCUUUGGCGUCUGCCCCUUCCAUCUCGGUGUCCCUAACGGCCACAGUAUUCCAGAAGAUGAAGUCUGUGGUGGCUUCCCUAAAACUGCCCUCCAGGAGAGGAGAAUAUAAGGUGGAGACCAACCAAAACAUGCAGGGGGUCGCCUCCAUUAGGGCUCAACCAAAGGGAUCUGUAAAACUGCACUGCCAGCGGUCGCCCCUUCUCUACGCAGACAUGCAGCCUGAGCUGAGAAACGGCGUGACAGGCUUCAAUGAAAUCCUGCUCGAGAAGACUCUAUAGCAGGAGAGUGCAAACUUUGUCCACUUUCAUACAUC